AUGAUUGCAUCUACUAUUCGUUCAGCUUUGCGUGCUAGGUUUCCAGUGCAAAGACUUUCUAGUGUUGCAGUAAGACCUAACCCUGCAAUUUCGAAGCUUACCAUUUCCCAGCUUAGAAACCUUUCAGCCAUGGUUGAAAAACAUGACGAACACAAAGAAGAAACUUUCGAAGAAUUCACAGCAAGGUACGAAAAAGAGUUCGAAGAAGCGUAUGAUUUAUUUGAAGUGCAGAGAGUUUUAAAUAACUGCUUCUCUUAUGAUUUAGUUCCAGCUCCAGCAGUUAUUGAAAAAGCUUUAUUAGCAUGCAGAAGAGUCAAUGAUUAUCCAACAGCGGUCAGAACUUUUGAGGCAUUAAAGCAUAAGGUUGAAAACAAUGAGCAGUACGAAGCUUAUCUUGAAGAAUUGAAAGACAUUAGACAGGAAUUGGGCAUUGAUUUGAAAGAAGACUUAUACGCCGAAGAUGCUUAA